AUGGGUCCUGGAUCGCGAGAUGACUUUCGGGUCGCUAUCAUCUGUGCUCUGCCCCUGGAGGCCGCCGCUGUCCUGAGCCUGUUCGACCAACGCUACGACAAGGAUGGCAGCAAAUAUGGCAAGCAAGAGGGGGACAUCAACGCCUACUCGACCGGGCGCAUCGGCCGACAUGAUAUCGUUCUAGUCCAUAUGCCUGGCAUGGGCGUGUACAGCGCAACCAGGGUCGCUGCCAAUGUGCGGCUGAGCUUCAAGGAGAUCAGACUGGCUCUCGUCGUCGGCGUGUGUGGUGGUGCUCCUCUUGAAAGAACCAUCGUCCUCGGGGAUGUCAUCAUCUCUGACUCGAUUGUCGAAUUCUACACUGGAAGACAGUAUUCAGACGGUAUUCAAGCAAGAAAGGGCGUCAAGCACAUGCUCGGAAGACCAAGCCCCGAAAUCAGAGGACUCCUCAGCAAGCUUGAGAUCCCAAUCAUCCGGCAAGAACUGGAAGGCGAGAUACAGCAAGAUCUGGCAGAGCUAAGUAAGAAGAGUGACACGGCGCGCUAUCCAGGAGUCGAACAUGAUAGGUUGUUUGCAGCUUCAUACCGGCACAUGCAUCGAAAAGACACUCCAACACGAGAAUGCCCUUGUGUCUUGUCUCGAUCAAAUACCGACCCUGUGUGUAAGGAGGCACUGGAGUCGAGCUGUGAGACGCUUGGUUGUGAUGCUGACUCGUCGGAAAAUCCAAGUCGUCGCGCGCGCCUCGCUUCAAGUGUUCCUACGCCUCUUCUACAUAUAGGCACAAUUGGCGCAACCACUGUUAUGAAGUCUGGCGAACAUCGCGACAUUAUCGCUCGUGAGAACGGCGUGAUCGGGUUCGAGAUGGAAGGAGCCGGUAUAUGGGAAGACCUGCCAUGUGUCAUCAUCAAAGGCGUUUGCGACUACGCUGACAGCCAUAAGAACAAAAGAUGGCAAGAUUAUGCUGCAGCAACAGCAGCCUCCGCUGCAAAAGCAUUUCUUGGUCACUAG